CAUCCACUAGGGUGCUCAGCCGCCGCGCCUCCCCUCCCCGCUGCCUCCUCCUCCUCCAACUCCGGCGGCGGGCGAGGACUCGUCCAGGGACAUAAAUAAAUAAAUAAUUCCAUUCACCCUUUGAUAGCGAGGCGAACAGGCGGCGGACGGACCGCUGCAGCGCCCACCCAGUGCCGGAGACCAGGUAAAAAGUUAAUCUGAAGAUGUGAUGGUCACCUGGGCAACCUUAGACACGGGAAUCUUGGAAACUAAAAGACUUUUGGACUCUGUGCUGAUAGAGCUCCCUUGUUACUUGAAUUUCAAAUAGAGAAGCAGAAAUGCCGCCACCUGGAGGCACCCCACCCCUACAUCCACCUCCUGAUGGAGGAUGGGGCUGGGUAGUGGUUGGAGCAGCUUUUAUCUCCAUUGGAUUUUCAUAUGCGUUUCCCAAAGCUGUCACAGUAUUCUUCAAAGAAAUCCAGCUCCUAUUCAACACUACCUACAGUGAAAUAGCAUGGAUAUCAUCCACGAUGCUGGCUGUUAUGUAUGCAGGAGGUCCUAUAAGUAGCGUUUUGGUGAAUAAAUAUGGUAGCCGGCCAGUGGUGAUGGUAGGAGGUUUGUUAUGCUGUUUGGGUAUGGUCUCGGCCUCUUAUAGUACCAACGUAGUAGAGCUUUACUUCACAAUGGGAUUAAUUUGCGGUUUAGGUCUAGCCUUCAACCUGCAGCCUGCCUUAACAAUCAUUGGCAAAUACUUCUAUAAGAAACGACCUGUAGCGAAUGGCCUUGCAAUGGCAGGAAGUCCUGUUUUCUUAAGUACUUUGGCUCCUUUCAAUCAGUACCUCUUUAAUACUUAUGGCUGGAAGGGAAGCUUCAUGAUUUUGGGAGGUUUACUAUUGAACUGCUGUGUGGCUGGGUCCCUUAUGAGACCUGUUGAACCCAAAGCAAGUACUGAGUCUAAAAAUAAGGUUGGCGUAAGAGAAACUGAUUGCAGUAUGAAGAAAAGACAAAAAAAGUUAUCAGUAUGGGAAGAAAUUAAUAAAUAUUUAGAUUUCUCCCUUUUUAAGCAUAGAGGAUUUCUGAUAUACUUAUCUGGAAAUGUCAUUAUGUUUCUGGGAUUCUUCGCCCCUGUUAUAUUCUUGGCUCCAUAUGCUAAAGACAAAGGAAUUGAUGAGUAUUCUGCAGCUUUCUUGCUCUCUGUUAUGGCUUUUGUUGAUAUGUUUGCCAGACCUUCUGUAGGACUUAUUGCCAAUUCCAAAUUAAUCCGACCCCGAAUUCAGUACUUCUUCAGUUUCGCAGUGAUGUUCACUGGAAUCUGUCAUCUCUUAUGUGCGUUGGCUGAGGACUACACAAGCCUGGUGGUGUAUGCUGUAUUUUUUGGUCUUGGAUUUGGCAGUGUUAGCAGUGUCCUCUUUGAAACUCUCAUGGACCUUGUUGGUGCUCAAAGAUUUUCCAGUGCUGUGGGACUCGUCACAGUUGUGGAGUGUUGUCCUGUCCUCCUUGGUCCUCCUCUUGCUGGUAAAUUGGUGGAUGAAACUGGACAAUAUAAAUACAUGUAUUUGGCCUGUGGAGCUAUUGUGGUCCUAGCCAGCGUGUGGCUGCUCAUCGGUAAUGCUGCCAACUACAGAUUGCUUGCAAGGGAAAAGAAGAAGAGUAUACAUACCAAGGAAUCUCAAGAAACUGAACCCUUGAAGACAUCUCAAAGUCCCAGUGUUAAUAUCAAAAGUGGCAAAAAUGAAGAGUGGAAAGGAACAGAGGUUAAUUCCUCAGAAAGAGAAACGAAUAUUUAACAAGAAUCAUAUCUCAGAUUUCAGUGUUCAUAACUUUCUUAGGAGUAUUUUUUUUUCAACAUAUUGGAAGAUUUUUAGUUGAAAUGAAGAGUCAUAGUUAAGGAUGGAGAUUAGAUUUUCCUUAAUGGCAAAUUUUAAAUGUUUAUCUUUAAAAACUUAUUUGGGUAGUUAAAUUUUGAGAUUAAGCAUAUAAAGAAUUCAUGCAUUGGGUUUAUGUCCAUACAUGAAUCUGGUUGUGGUGGUUAAAUGAUUUUAAAGUCUUCCAGUGACUUCUAGUCUUGGUUACAGAGAUCUGAGUUCCAAAAUGCUGGUUUAAGUAGUUAGAAAGAGUAUGUUAAAUCCUAUAAGAAUGCGCUCUCCACAUUUCAUUUUUUAUUCAAUAUUAAAAUGUGAAAUGGAAUUGAAGGAAAUUAAUUUUUUUUCCUAAACAUCCUCACACACACCGACUUUCAUACACUUAAGAAUGAGUAGACAAGGUAUCUGGAGAAAAAAGACAAGUUUAAAAAGAAUAUUAUCACUGUAUAUAUAUUUUUAAAUCCAUGGAGGAAAAAAUGGGUUAUAUCUGCUUAGUACCUUAUAAUGUGGAUGUUGGAGAUAAGAACAUGGGUGAAAAUGAGGGUGCUCUUAAUUUGAAAAUGUAAUUAACUGCUGUAAAACAAAAGCAAUUGCAUAUAUGAAAUAAAUUUGAAAAAAAGUAAAAACUCUAUUUUUUAAAUAAUUAUUUCUGAGCCCUGUCCAAUUUGAUCCAUGCAUGCACAUGAUUUCUUUGAGGGGGGCCAUCAGUACCUGGUGCUAGUGAAUAGAACCUUCAAACAAUCAGAAUUUACUAAUAAGUAUAUCAGAUUAAAAACGUAAAUGACUCCUAGCAAUGAGCUAUCAAAUCUUUUGAUUUGAAAAUCCAUAAAGUAAUAAAUAGAAACUUCUUUUAACCAAACUUAGUUCAGAAUAGCUGUCUUACUAAGACACCAAAGUGGAAUCAACUGAAUUCUUGGUUGACAGACUGACAGGCAGAAAUUUCAUUUUUCCCAACACAUAGUGGUGAUAAGAGGGUUACUAUUAUGAUUAUUCCAUCUGAAUAAAGCUAAGAGUGGAAGGUACUUACAGUGAGUCCUCCAAGCUCUCUCAUUUCCCUCCAUUCACCAACAUGCAAAAGCAAAAAACAGAAAUCCAAACAGGCUUUUCACUCAGCCACUGAAAAUGUCUCCUACUAUAGGAAAGGAAGCACUAGAAAUCCCACCCUCUACUAACCAGACUUCCUGCUGCCUGUAAACAUAACUACAUCAGGACACUUAAAAAAGGCUUCUAGACCUGGAGGUUGUGUAUGACUUUAUAUACACUUUUGAAGUGGAGAUUUAGUUUAUAACUUGAUAGAAAGAAGCUUGCAAUAUGGGAACCCAGGUUAAUUUAGCAGUUUCUCAUUUUCAUAACCAUGUGAAAAAUCUGGGACUGAAUUGCUCUUGAAUAUAGAGGCAUAUGAUAGAUUUGUGAGUUCAGAACUAAUAAAUACUAUUUUGAGUGAUAAAGUACUUUUAAACAAGAAAUGAUGUAUGCAUUAGGUAUAAAGGUAUAAACAUUCACCUUUAUAAAUCUGAAGUUUAAAUUAAGAUCAUGAUUAAUAAAAAACAUUUAGCCUUUGAGUAUUGAAUGUCAUUCUUAAGAUGUCAAAAGGAUUUUGUCAUUCUUUCUUCUUAGCAUUGCAGUAGAGGCAGAUGAAUAAGGAAAUAAGUAUUCUUAUUUCCUUUAAGAUUGUGCUUAGAUACCAAGCUUUUGUGAUAAUUAACACUAGGGAUUUGAUUUGUAAACUUUAGGUACUGUUUGAGCAUGUAGCUUGUGUUUAUCAAGCUGUAUACAAUUCCAUAUUUCAUUUCACAUGCACUUUUCUGCAUGGAAAGAGGUAUUUGUAUUUUUAAAAUAUUAACUGAAACAAUAUGUGCCAAUACCAUAGGUAAAUAAAUCAGGAAAAUUGUGACAGUAUAUAGUUGUUUUUAAUUUAGCUUCAUUCAAUCUUGAAUCUUAAAUGAGCUGUUUCAUAUUAUUAGUAUGUUUGUAUUCAACUCUGACUAGUCAUAAGAAAUGUGACAUCAUAAAUUUUUGUAGUAGCUUUCCAAUCUUAAACGUUUCCAAAAAUGUCUUGAAUUCUCUGAAGAUGCAUAUUUAAAUUAAUACAGAUAAUAGAUCCUUGGGGCAAGUAAUGAUCAUGGGGUUUUAAAGGGCUAAUUUAUCACCUACCAGUGGGUGUAUUCCAGUGGUUUUCUCCGUGGAAGGAGGUUUAUUUACUUGCUGAUGAGGUUCUUGUCAAGACCAAACCAAUUUUUAUUUGUUCUAUUGCACUUUGAUCAUCUUCUUUAAUUUUAUUUCUAACAUUGAUUGAUUACAUUAAAUUGUUAAAAAAAAAAAAAAGAAAGGAAAUUGAAAUUGCACAUUCAAAGCACAUAAUGUGAAUACAGUCAUGCCUGCCAGUCAUACUGCACAAAGUUACAAGUAUGCAUGCAGCUUAAUUCUCAUCCAUAAAUGUUGAAAAUUAGAACAUACUUGAACAGUGAUAUAAACACACUCAGAAUCAGAAUUGUUCCAAGAUAAAAUAAAUGUUUCAAGUUGUUUACUCUCUCAAAUCAGUUAAACUUGUUAGAAUAUUUGCUGCUUGAACAGAACCUUUCAGAAACAGAGAAGAGAAUACCAACCUGGAACACUUAUUAUUAUAAAGCUGCCUAAAUGGAGUGAGAAAUAUAGUUGGCUUCUGUGUCUGCAGCAAUGAGUGAUUAGUGCAGAACACACUUCUUCCCCGAGGGAAUGACAGGUUUUAGAUAUUCAAGCUAUCACAAAACAAAGUCAGAAACCAUUAAAAUCCCUUUUAGUCCAUUUUCCUAUGAUGGAAUUGUGCAGAAAGAAGGUUAUCAUAAAUCUGGGUACCAAAAUAAUUCAUGAUCACUGGUUAGAUUAAGACACCCAGUAUUACUCACUCUAAUCUUAAAUAUGUCUUCAUUAAUUUGUGAAUGGAAUACAGAGUAUAGACAACUCUUGACACAUGCCCAACCUCUUUUCUGACUCUUUUUGGACCCAAUAAACACAUAUUUAAGAGACAGUGGGUCAGGCUCGAGUGUGCUUCACAUUGGAAGACAUGAUAUUUUCUCAGUGUGAAUUGACUUGGCUCAUAAAUUUCACUUCGUUAGUAUUAAUAUGUUAGUUGCUCAGUCAAGUUGGACUCUGUGACCCCAUGGACUAUAACCCGUUAGGCUACUGUGUCCAUGGAAUUUUCCAGGGAAGAAUACUGGAGUGGGUAGCCAUUCUCUUCUCCAGGGGAUCUUCCUGACCCAGGGAUUAAACCCAGGUGUCUGCAUUGCAGGCAUAUUCCUUACCACUGAGCCACCAGGGAAGUGUUAAUACCAAAUUGUAACCACCUUAUUUCAUGGAGUCUCCCCUAGACACUAGAAAAUACAUAAAGUAAUUUGAUUUUAUAUAUUUGAAUGUGCACUUUAAAAAUUUAGGUAUUUUUACUCAUCCAUCUCUGGCUGUACAUGAUAGUUUAGGAUAUAGGGGGAAAAAAGACCAUAAUAUGUAUGAUAUAAAUGUAAGUUUUUACAUUGAUGUUAUAAAAUAUAGAGAGUUACUUAAACAGUUAACUGAAACUUAUUUUCUAUCCAAAAAUACCUCUUAAAAACACCCUCACAUGGACAGUAUUGCAAGCUCUUGCUAUAAAUAAUCAUGAUAAUUUAGGUUCAAAUUAAUAGGGGAAAAGAAUGUAAAGUGGAAAGAGAACAGAUAUUUAUAUUUCCUGCAUUAUUCCUGUUAAAACCUUUUAGUAUUUAAAUCAAACCAUAGAUAUUGUCCUGAUAUAAUAGAUGAGUGAAACAAAAUAAAAAGAGACAUACCAAGAAGCUCAACAAAUUACCUAAAGUUAAAAAGUAGUAUGUGACAGAACCAGAACUAAAACUCAGGUUUACAUAAAAGCAGAAAGAGUCCCUAGGGUGUUCACUGCCAUACUGCCUGCCCAUAGUAGCUAUAGAUACAAACAAGUAGAUAAAUAUAGAUACAAAAAGAUUAAAUACUAUAUGGUAAACCAGUGAGACUCUGCUGAAAUUUGUGUUAUGAUUUAAUUAGUGUUUAUGAAAGACUGCAUUUGCCAUAACCUGAAUAUAUGAUUUCAAGUUGCCUACUUUUCUAGCUAAUGCAAAGUAUCCCAAAUAAUGAUAAUGAUUAUAUAAUAGCCAUAAUUGCUUCAAUAUGACUUUUUUUGGAAAAAAUAAUGAAACAUUUAUAGUACUCAGGUAUAAUAUAUUUUCCCUGAGGUUGGGUUUGGAAUAAAAAUGUUAUUUUCUUUAUGGAUAAGUAAUUCCCAUAUUAGUUGAUACUUAUUAUGACUCAAAAAUAAAAGUACUUACUGUGAAACAUUAUGUUCAGAAUUAUAAAUGAUUCUUAAAAGUGAUUCUCACUUAUAAGAUUAUCUUAGGGGUGAAAGUCUCUCAGUUGUGUCAGACUCUUUGCAACCCCAUGGGCUGCAGCCCACCAGGCUCCUCUGUCCGUGGAAUUCUCCAGGCCAGAAUACUGGAGUGGGUAACCAUUCCCUUCUCUAGGAUAUUUUCCCAACCCAGGAACCCAGGUCUCCAGCAUUGCAGGUGGAUUCUUUACCAUCUGAGACACCAGGAAAGUCCAAGAUUAUCCUAAGCCAACAAAAAUUUGUAAAAAGCUUCUGAGAUACAUAGAUUUGAUUCAUCUACACAGAAUUAUAUUUAUUUACACCACUUAAUACAACUGUCCCUACACCGUAACUAAUUUGUCAAGUUUUCCUGAACAUCUAUAUUGUUAUUCUCCUUUCUGUCCCAUUCUUCUAAAGACAGAACAAAUGCCAUUACUUUUGUCUUCUCCUUCUAAACCUUUGGCAUCCUUAGAAUAUUCUCUUUAGCUCUGUUACAGAUUGUCAUUUAGUUGCUAAAUUGCUGACUCUUAGUGCACAUGUUGCACUUCUAAUGUCUUAGAUCUUUCACAGUCACUCAUGCUACAUGUGGUCUUACUUGGUUUGCAGGAAUGACUGUAUUCCUGAAGUCAACAGUGAUACUUGUGGCUAAAACCAGUCAUCUUCACCAAUAAGGGAACUCAUGUGAGUGUAGUCUUCAGGUUUCCUGGAUGAGGAAUAUAUUUUGUUGUUAUGAAACUUCCUUAUACAUGAUAAAUAGAUCAUUAAACAUCACUUUUAAGAAUCUAGAAAAAUAGAUCAUCCUGUCCUUGACAUUUACUAUUCUGGAUACUUUCUUAAAGUGCCUGAAAUUUUGAGAAACAAAACUUACCAUCACAACAUAGCAUCAAUAUAUGUCACCCUGUAGGCUCAUGGGUACCUCAUCACAACUAGAUUCUCGCCAUGACAAUUCACAAUGCCAAAGAGCAUCAAAAUCAUUGAGAUAAAAAUUGAAAUGAUAAUAUAUUCAUUUUGCUUCAUUUUAGGUUUUGAUUUCUACAUAUUUCUCAAGUGCAUGAUCUCAUGUUUGAGAAAUGCACUUAAAACCUGAAAAGCUCAAUUAUUAGUAAUUAAUUAUAGUGCAUAUAUAAUCAAAAUCAUAACUAUCUUUAUUGAUGAUUUUUUAAAAUGAAUAAUUUUCUGAGUUCACAUCCUUCUUCAUAGUUUUGAUUUUCUCUUCAUUGUUAUCAAAUUGUACAGUUUAGGUCUGAAUGCUUCAUGAGGUCCUAUGAUCUUGUCUGUCUUAGUCUUACGCUUUGCCUUCAUUCUAUCUCACAUAUGUGCAGUUCAUGAAAGAAUUCUUACAGCCAUGGGAAUCACAAUUUUAGGUCUCUACCUUAAGAGGAAAAGGAGUAUUGCAAAAAUAAUUCUUUAGUGGAACAUAUGAAAAAAUUUUUAGACCAAAUAUUUCUCCCAACCCCGUUCUGUGUAUCUUCCUCCCUUUUUUUCCUAUGAUUAUUUUUUUAAAUAAUUUUUU